AUGCUCGCCUUGCUCCCUGGGAAUCGCAAGUUGAAGCGAAAGAGUGCCUUUGACUUUGGAGCUUCCCCGAAGCGUCCUUCUCAGAGUCCACUCAAUGAUUCACAGGUGCCAGAUGGAGCUUCCCAGAAGUGUCCUUCUCAGACCCCGCUCAAUGAUUCGCAGGUGCCAAAUGGAGCUUCUCCGAAAGGUCCUUCUCAGAGCCCAAACAAUGAUUCGCAGCUACCAAAUUGCUAUUUUGAUGAUGCGAAAACACUUAUCUUGGGGGACGAAACUCCUAGCCAGGACGACAUUGACGAGAACGUCCCUUCAACAGGUGCUCCAACUGGUGGUGAUGGUGCCAAAAAGGAGGCUGAUGAGAUCGAGAACAAGAAGGAUGUCCAGGUUGUCAAGAAUGAUGCUGAGGAUGACAAGAAGGGUGUUGAGCCUGAGGUUGAUGACAAGAAGGUUGCAUUUGACAAAGAGGAGGACUUGCUGCGGGAUCCACGUUUCAAGAAAGGGUCACGACUGGCGGAUUUCAGUCCGCAGGGGCAGGCGCAACUCAAGGAGGUGCGACGCCUGCGGGCAAUAGAGAACUCCAACAUUUGGCACAACAAGUUUCAAUCGAAGGGAGUGCCGAAGAACCCUGCAGAACCACCACCUGUUGCCGCUGCCCCUGAAGCUGCUGCUGAAGAGUCGAGUUCUUCCAGUUCCAGACCUCUCACCCUGAAAGAUGCUCGUGAGAAGUUUAUGGGCGAUUUCUUUAAGGAGCACAAGAACAACUCUGAGUGGACGCAGCAGCAAAAGUUCAAGAUGGCAAACGCGGCUUGGAUGGAAAGUGAUCUUAGGUCCAGGAUCAUGCUGGCCAGAAAAGGCCAUGGCUCAAUCGGAGCUGAUUGA